AUGUCGGAACGGAGAUUCUUUUGCAAACAAGACGGCUGUUCGGCCGUCUUCACCAAGGGCGAGCACCUUGCGCGCCAUGAACGAGGACACCUCGGCCUCAAACCAUUCAUUUGCGACAUAUGCACGCGUCGGUUUGGGAGACAAGAUUCACUACUGCGACAUAUCCGUACACACCGCACUCAAACAACCGAGAAUGCCAGAUUCGGUGAGCAGGACCAGAGAUUCGGAACUGCGACGUCAUUGCUAUCCUCCUCCUUAGCCGGGACAGACCCAUCAACAGGCUUUGGCCUCGCCCAGGAAUCGAUGCAACUAUGCCAGACUCACCCAAUCUCCUCUCCUGAUAGAGUUCAUAAUUCUACAAGAGCCUCGAAUGCAACAGCAGCUGCUGAUACUGCUGCAUCCAAUGAUGCCGGUAGAAAUGCUUUGAACUAUCGCGACGACUUUGACUGGAACUUUAAUGACGAUGAUUUGUUCAAAAUACUGCUUGCCACUCCCACAGCCGCAUCUACCAGUGGUUUCUCUAGACCACAAAGUUCCCUCGGCGUUUUACAGGGUUCUGCGCAAGCCAAUCCGGAUAGCGACUGGCUUCAGGGUUCCGCAGAAGCUGGACGUAAAGCAGUGCAGGCCAUGAAUAGAGUCAUCCAAAGCCUACCAGAGUCUUUGGUAGUGUUGGAAAGCGAGAACGCGGCUUCAAUAUUCUUCGAGGAUUGCCUGGACCUCUUCUUUCGUCACCACCUUGACGUGGUGCCCAUCAUACAUAGGCCAACGUUUAACCCGCGGGAAUGCAACACGACCUCUCUCCUUCAUAUCCUCUCUUUAGGGUCUUGUUUCCUUCCUGGUCCAACCUACGAGGCUGACUCACUUUACUUAAUCUCUCAUGCCGUUAUGGCCAACGCUUGGGAGCAGCUUUUGACCUGCCGGGGACCUCACGAUGGGAACGAUGGGGUGCAACUCGUACUCAGUUGUUCGUUAGGUGCAACGUAUGCACUUGUGUGUAGGAACUCACGCAUUCGGAAAAUGAGCCAUAGUGCCAGAGGACUUGGCUCUGUUUGGGCCCGCGAUUGUGGCCUCUUUAGCAUCGACUCUUAUCGUGGCAUUGUAGUCCCUUCACUGACGGCUCCCAACGCAGAGAAGCUUGCCGCAUGGCAGAAGUGGGCUGCAGGAGAGACACAAUUGAGGGGACUACUUUGGCAGUAUGUUAUCGACGGACUAUCCUCACAAUUCUACCACCAUCCGACUCUUCUCCGGCAUGAGGCGAACCCACUAUCGCUUCCGACCUCCUCAGCUGCAUUCAACGCUGCUUCGCCAGAUGCGUGGAUUAAGGAAAUGUCGGAUUGUAACCGUCAUAGCCAGCUCACAGUCCGCGAAUAUGUCCGAGCGCUCUUUCGCGGUGAUGUUGAUACCAUCAGGAGACCAAUAUCCAAACUCGGCAUUCGUGUUGUGCUUGAAUGCCUCCAGAGUCUCAUACUUCGCGAGGCUGACGGUGGAGAAGACACGAUCGGCGCAAUAAGCAAAAGUGAAAUCUUUGCUGCUUUACUGAACCUCAAAUAUCACCAUUUCGACGGGUCGGAUUCGGGGGUAGAGCUGCUACUGCGGUGGCACUCUGUGUGCCUGAGCAUGUCGGCGGAUGUUCGACGACUGUGCGAGGAAGUCGGGCCAUCUCAAUUAAUUGCAGAGCUGUUCCAUCUGCCACCAAAAGAGCUCGAAAAGGGGCGGAACCUGUUUGAUUUAAGGGCGUGGGUGCAUGCCACAGACGCCCGACGAGCCAUCCUUCACGCCUUGGAGAUCAGGGAGCUCGCGCAACGGCUCUCCUUUGGCGAAGCAUAUUCCAUCCACACACCGUUCACCAUGUUCUCCGCUGCCACAGUUGUAGCCGCCUUUCUGGCCGCCGAAUCACGCAGCUUACACGUGCCAGUGCAGAUCGAUUGGGCUGUUCUCUAUGAGGAUCUGUCAAAACCGGUGCACUCUUCGACGACGCUCGAUAUCCGGUCCAUUGAAACUAUCAACUUCCUGGCAGGGACAUCUGCGCGAGCAUGCGGCAUAACUACACUGCGGAAGCUGUCUUCUGAGAUGAACAUGUUCCACUCUCAAGUCCAGGCAAUGGCUGGCACUUGGGGGAUCACACGAGCGGCGCAGGAAGUCAUCGAACAGUGGGCGCAAAUUUUUCGGGGUUGUGGGAGAUGA